CUCCAUAGAACUACAUGCCUCGCGCGUGCUAGCUACUUUAGCUUGAUCGAAUUAGCAUUGUUUUUCUUGGAAGUGUCAUCCUCUCCUUGAAGCAAUGCCUUCUUUAACAGGAAAAGCUGAUGUUAUUUUUGAAGAUGAUGAUCUUCCUUAUGAAGAGGAGAUUAUUAGAAAUCCGUACUCGGUCAAGUGCUGGAUGCGUUACCUUGAAUUCAAACAGAAUGGAGCAAAAUCUACCCUCAACAUGAUCUAUGAGCGGGCCCUGAGAGAACUGCCUGGCAGCUACAAACUCUGGUACAAUUAUCUGAGAGAGAGACGUAAACAAGUCAAAGGAAAAUGUGUCACUGAACCAGUCUAUGAGGAAGUCAAUAAUUGUCAUGAAAGGGCACUGGUGUUCAUGCAUAAGAUGCCAAGGAUAUGGCUUGAUUACUGCCAGUUCCUUGUGUCUCAGUGUAAGAUGACAAGAAGUCGACGGACAUUUGAUCGUGCACUCCGGGCCCUACCUGUAACUCAGCACCCACGGAUCUGGCCUUUGUAUCUCCGCUUUGUCCGUAACCUACCCCUGCCUGAGACAGCCAUCCGGGUGUAUCGCAGGUACCUUAAGCUUUCUCCAGAAAACGCAGAGGAAUACAUCGACUACUUGCGGUCUGUUGGCCGCCUGGAUGAAGCAGCUGUGCGUCUAGCUGCUAUCGUUAAUGAUGAAAGCUUUGUGUCCAAAGAGGGCAAGUCUAACUAUCAACUGUGGCAUGAGCUGUGUGACCUGAUCUCACAGAACCCUGAUAAGGUGACCUCUCUAAAUGUUGGAGCUAUCAUACGAGGAGGCUUAACUCGCUUCACCGACCAACUUGGAAAACUUUGGUGCUCUUUGGCUGAUUAUUACAUCAGGAGCGGACACUUUGAGAAAGCGCGUGAUGUCUAUGAGGAGGCCAUCCUAACAGUGGUAACAGUCAGGGAUUUCACACAAGUGUUCGAUAGUUAUGCUCAGUUUGAGGAGAGCAUGAUUGCUGCUAAGAUGGAGACCACUGCUGAGAUGGGACAGGAUGAAGAAGACGACAUAGACCUGGAGCUUAGACUGGCACGCUUUGAGCAGCUAAUAGCCCGUCGCCCCCUUCUGCUAAACAGCGUACUCUUGAGGCAGAACCCCCACAAUGUCCAUGAGUGGCACAAACGGGUGAAACUGUAUGAGGGGAAUCCACGGCAGAUCAUAAACACGUAUACUGAGGCAGUACAGACGGUGGAUCCAAUGAAGGCCACAGGAAAGCCUCACUCUCUCUGGGUGUCCUUUGCUAAAUUCUAUGAGGAAAAUGAGCAGCUGGAUGAUGCCAGGACAAUUUUUGAGAAGGCUACCAAGGUGAACUACAAGCAGGUAGACGACCUUGCUGCAGUGUGGUGUGAAUAUGGAGAGAUGGAGCUUCGUCAUGAAAACUAUGAACAGGCGCUACGCAUACUGAGGAAAGCUACAGCCAUCCCAUCCAGGAAAGCAGAAUACUUUGAUGCCUCUGAGCCAGUACAAAACCGAGUUUACAAGUCCUUGAAGGUCUGGUCGAUGUUGGCAGACUUGGAGGAAAGUCUAGGCACUUUUCAGUCUACCAAAGCUGUGUAUGACCGCAUUAUUGAUCUUCGCAUCGCUACUCCACAGAUCAUUAUUAAUUAUGCCAUGUUUCUUGAAGAGCACAACUACUUUGAGGAAAGCUUUAAAGCAUAUGAGCGAGGCAUUGCUCUCUUCAGGUGGCCAAAUGUUUAUGAUAUCUGGAACACUUACCUGACCAAGUUCAUAGAUCGUUAUGGAGGCAAGAAGCUGGAAAGAGCCAGAGAUUUAUUUGAACAAGCUUUGGAUGGCUGUCCUGCAAAGUUUGCCAAGACUGUAUAUCUGUUAUAUGCCAAACUGGAAGAGGAGUAUGGAUUGGCGCGACAUGCCAUGGCUGUCUAUGAAAGGGCAACGCAGGCAGUGGAGACUCAGGAGAGACAUCAUAUGUUCAACAUCUACAUCAAGAGAGCAGCUGAAAUUUAUGGAGUGACAUACACCAGAGCAAUUUAUCAGAAGGCUAUUGAGGUCCUUCCUGAUGAGCAUGCAAGAGAAAUGUGUCUGCGAUUUUCUGACAUGGAGAGUAAACUGGGUGAGAUUGAUCGAGCCAGAGCCAUCUACUCCUACUGCUCCCAGAUCUGUGACCCGAGGGUGACAGCUAAUUUCUGGCAGACCUGGAAAGAAUUUGAGAUACGUCAUGGAAAUGAGGACACCAUCAGAGAGAUGUUGAGGAUCAAACGCAGCGUCCAGGCUACCUACAACACACAGGUCAACUUUAUGUCUUCUCAGAUGCUGAAGGCCACAACAAGCUCCACAGGCACUGUGUCAGAUCUUGCUCCAGGCCAGAUGGGAAUUGAUGAUAUGAAAAUGUUGGAACAGAAAGCACAGCAGCUCGCAGCAGAAGCCGAGCAGGACAAACCCAAACCCAAAGAAAAGAUCCUCUUUGUCAGGAGCGACACUUCUCGUAGUGAGUUGGCUGAGCUUGCAAAACAGGCCAAUCCUGAUGAGAUCAAUAUUGAUGAUGACGAUGAAGAUGAUGAUGACCAAGGACCAGAUGAGGUGCAGCUUGAGCAGAAGAGUGUCCCAACUGCUGUCUUUGGAGGGCUUAAGGAUGACUGAAAGAUAACUCACAGAAUUUUGCAAAGAUGAAGAGUUCUGAUUUAUCUUAGAUUUUGAAUAAAUGAUCAGUUGUAUCCUUAUUAGAUAGAAUAUUACAAUGAAAAAAAAAUGAAAGUGUUUUGAUAGUUCAGUAAACAAAUGUAUACUUGUUUUGGCCACAUGGUGUCAGUCUUUUUUAGGUAUGAGCCUCGAUAUUUGUGCAGUUGAGCAUUAUUUUUUUUUUUUCUCCUAUGAAUACUAAUCAAAGAUUACAUGAUCACUGUUUCUGGUAUAUUUAGUCUUUUUGGAACUACUUUAUACAUUUAUUUUGGAACAACUUUUUAUAAAAUUGUUAAAUGUAAAUGCUUUUGCGCCAUUAAGAAAUGUAAAGAUCUUUCUCUGACGGGAGGCAGUUCUGUGUUAGAAAACAUGGGCGGAGCAUAUUUUCUUCAGCAUGAAUUGGUCAUCUGAAAGUGGAGCUGAACAUUAAAGUCUCACCUUUGUUUACUCAAGUAUCAUACGUGUAUGACUUACUUUUCUGUCACAGGUCAUGCAGUAUUACCUUGGAAUU